AUGAACAAAGCUGCGAGCAAAUUGUCAAACAACUUAUUUAUUAACAUAUGCUUAAAGAGAAAAAAACAUGAUCUCACAAAAAAUUGUAUUAUUAUUAAUAACAAUGUAUAUAACACCAAUUUAAAAAAUGGAAAAUAUAGCACACCAAUUAAUUCUCUAACAUUUCGAGGAUUUGGAAAUUCGGCAAAUAACUUCGGAUUAGGAAAUCAAAUGAAUGGAAAUGACGAUCCACAAAAGAAAACCGAACAAAUGUUCAGUUUAUUUGAAAAUAAUAAAAUACAAGAAGAAUUAAUAAAGAAGUCCAGCAUAUUAAAUUUAAAUGAAAUAAAAACAAAUGGGGAAUAUGAAAAUGUACAACCAUAUACUGAUUUUAUUUUUGAUAAGUGUAAAGCUAAUAUAAAUAAUGAUUUAGAUCCAUAUGAAAACUCAUGGUAUUUUAAUAUUGUAUAUGAAUUAUUAAAUUCAACAAAAAUUUUAUUAGAUUGUUCAUGGUUAGUAUCAAUAAUAGCAACUACCACAUUUUUACGAUUAAUUAUUUUACCUUUAACAAUAUCAGCUGAAAGAGAUCGAAGAAAACAAAAAAUUUUAAAUCCUGUAAUUAAAGAAUUCACAAAUAAAUUAAAAACACAUGCUCAAUCAGGAAAUAUUAAAAAAGCAUUAGAAUAUAAAACCAAAAUAUUAAAUAUACGAAAUACACAUGGUAUAUCUUUAAUACCUAAAUCUAUCAUAUUAAUGAUUUUUAUGCAAACACCAUUAUUCUUUAUUUUCUAUUUUUCAAUGAAAAAAAUAGCUUCUUAUCCUGAAAUUUUUAAAGAAUUUACUUUUGAAUCUCCAUUAUGGCUAGACAGUUUAUCAUUGCCAGACCCUUAUUGUAUCUUACCCAUUUUAUCAUCUCUUCUACUUUUAUCAAAUCAUGAAUUAACAGCAUUGAUUGAUAAACAUAUAGCCAAUAACAAUCCAAAUAAAUAUGAUGAUGAAUCAGAAUUUCAAAAAAAUAUUAAAAAAAUAUCAAAAAUAGCUAUGAGAGGAUUUUAUAUAUCUUCAGCAUUAUUUUUUAAAUCUAUGCCAUCUGGAUUAUUUAUUUAUUUUAUUACUAAUACAUUUUUUCAAUUAUUUGUAACACAAGUUUGUAAAAUUAAAAUAGUAGAAAAUUUCCUAGACCUACCUCCAUUACAUUCAAAAGGUUUAUCCAAUGAUGACAAUAAUGAAAGUCACAAGCCUCCAAAAAAUAUACACAUGAACGAUCUUAUUAAAAAAAAAAAAACCUAA